ACAUUCAGACCAGGAUAGAGGAGAUGGAUCACUUAAAUAUAUCCUUUCAGGAGAUGGAGCAGGAGAUCUCUUCAUUAUCAAUGAAAACACAGGUGACAUACAGGCCACCAAGAGGCUGGACAGGGAAGAAAAACCCGUUUACAUCCUUCGAGCUCAAGCUAUAAACAGAAAGACAGGUAGACCUGUGGAGCCCGAGUCUGAAUUCAUCAUCAAAAUUCAUGACAUCAACGACAACGAACCAAUAUUCACUAAGGAGGUUUACACAGCCACUGUCCCCGAAAUGUCUGAUGUCGGCACAUUUGUUGUCCAAGUCACUGCAACUGAUGCUGAUGAUCCAACGUAUGGGAACAGUGCUAAAGUUGUCUAUAGUAUCCUACAGGGACAGCCCUAUUUUUCAGUUGAAUCAGAAACAGGUAUCAUCAAGACAGCUUUGCUCAACAUGGAUCGAGAAAACAGGGAGCAGUACCAAGUGGUGAUUCAAGCAAAGGACAUGGGCGGCCAGAUGGGAGGAUUAUCUGGGACCACCACAGUGAACAUCACGCUGACUGAUGUCAAUGACAAUCCUCCCCGAUUCUCCCAGAGUACAUACCAGUUUAAAACCCCUGAAUCUUCUCCACCGGGUACACCAGUUGGCAGGAUCAAAGCCAGUGACGCUGAUGUGGGAGAAAAUGCUGAAAUAGAGUACAGCAUCACAGAUGGUGAGGGGCUGGACAUGUUUGAUGUCAUCACUGACCAGGAAACCCAGGAAGGGAUCAUAACUGUCAAAAAGCUCUUGGACUUUGAAAAGAAGAAAGUGUACACCCUCAAAGUGGAAGCCUCUAAUCCUCACGUUGAGCCCCGAUUUCUCUACCUGGGUCCAUUCAAAGAUUCAGCCACGGUUAGAAUCGUGGUAGAGGAUGUAGAUGAGCCUCCUGUCUUCAGCAAACUGGCCUACAUCCUGCAAAUAAGAGAAGAUGCUCAGAUAAACACGACAAUAGGCUCCGUCACAGCACAAGAUCCAGAUGCUGCCAGGAAUCCUGUCAAGUAUUCUGUCGAUCGACACACAGAUAUGGACAGAAUAUUCAACAUUGAUUCUGGAAAUGGUUCGAUUUUUACAUCGAAACUUCUUGACCGAGAAACACUGCUAUGGCACAACAUUACAGUGAUAGCGACAGAAAUUAAUAAUCCAAAGCAAAGUAGCCGAGUACCUCUAUAUAUUAAAGUUCUAGAUGUUAAUGACAACGCCCCAGAAUUUGCUGAGUUCUAUGAAACCUUUGUCUGUGAAAAAGCAAAGGCAGAUCAGUUGAUUCAGACCCUACACGCUGUUGACAAGGACGACCCUUACAGUGGGCACCGAUUCUCAUUCUCUUUGGCCCCUGAAGCAGCCAGUGGCUCAAACUUCAGCAUUCAAGACAACAAAGACAACACGGCGGGCAUCUUAACUCGGAAAAAUGGCUAUAAUAGACACGAGAUGAGCACCUAUCUCCUGCCUGUGGUCAUUUCAGACAACGACUACCCAGUCCAAAGCAGCACUGGGACAGUGACUGUCCGUGUCUGUGCAUGUGACCACCACGGGAACAUGCAGUCCUGCCAUGCGGAGGCCCUCAUCCACCCCACGGGCCUGAGCACGGGGGCCCUGGUUGCCAUCCUUCUGUGCAUCAUGAUCCUACUAGUGACGGUGGUGUUGUUUGCAGCUCUGAGGCGGCAGCGAAAAAAAGAGCCUUUGAUCAUUUCCAAAGAGGACAUCAGAGAUAACAUUGUCAGCUACAACGAUGAGGGUGGCGGAGAGGAGGACACCCAGGCCUUUGAUAUCGGCACCCUGAGGAAUCCCGAAGCCAUGGAAGACAGCAAACUACGCAGGGACAUUGUGCCCGAAGCCCUUUUUCUACCCCGACGGACUCCAGCAGCUCGCGACAACACCGAUGUCAGAGAUUUCAUUAACCAAAGGUUGAAGGAAAAUGACACAGACCCCACGGCCCCGCCUUACGACUCCUUGGCCACCUACGCCUACGAAGGCACUGGCUCGGUGGCCGAUUCCCUGAGCUCGCUGGAGUCGGUGACCACGGAUGGAGACCAAGACUAUGACUACCUUAGUGACUGGGGACCUCGGUUCAAAAAGCUCGCAGACAUGUACGGAGGGGUGGACAGUGACAAAGACUCCUAAUCUGUUGCCUUUUUCACUUUCCGAUACGACACUGAAGUGUGUGAAGUGGCUGUUUCUUUAUAUUUAUCCACUGCUCCGUGAAGGGUUCUCUGUCCCACCCGUUCCAAAAGCCAAUGGCUGCCACCCAUGCGGAUCAAAUGUUAGAGACUUUUUUCUAGUACACUUUUAUGAGCUUCUAAGAGGCAAAUUUUUAUUUUUUAGUGCAUCCAGUUAACCAAGUCAGCCAAUAGGCACGGGCUGGGGGAGAGGACAGAGAGCAGGAUUUUCACUUUUCUCUUAGGGCAGGUUGGGGACAUGUUCAUUUCUACUGUCCUGGUACCUUCCUACCCUCCAUUGACUCAGGUCAGCUGGCUGCUCUAACUGCCCAUUUCACAUGCUAAUGGCAUACGGGAUUGUGCUUUAAUGACAGAAAUAUAAUUGUAGGAAGAGAAACAGGCUGUAUCUGCUCACAAGGAGAUAAACUAUAUAGGGUGUGUGUUUGUAUCACAAAGAAUUUAAAAUGACAUUUUUCCAUCCUGUUUGUUUUCAAGAACUUUUUCUGCCACAUUCAAAACAUCAAAUCCACCAACGUUUUCAGAUUCUUGUUCCUCUUAAGGAAGAGAAGCAAGUUAAAGGGCAACAUUCAAAAACAACAACAAAAAAAAAAACCUGAAGACUUCAUUCUUCACCACUAAUUCAUAAUUUGUUAUAUAUUAGACAUGCAAAAGUUUGCUUUCGUACCAUAUAAAGGAAAAGGGAAAAUAGCUAAUAAUGUUAUCAGAAGAAAUAUUUAACACAUUUUAAAGUUCGGGUCACCAAAUAUAUCACAAAUCACUUGAAAUUCUGUCAACCAUCAUUAGGCUAAUGACAAAAAGUCUAAUUGUUGAAAAGUUCGUGAAAGAAUUCUGAGACAAAUUUUAACUCCUUGUCUGUAGUUGCCAUCAGUAUUAUUCUACUAUACUUGAAAGUAGCAGUGUGAAGUACAAUAAUCCAUAUUCUUCAGAUACUUCUGAUACAAUUCGGUUGAGCUAAUAAAGUUAGAUUAAAUAAAA